AGAGCCCCUCGGGUGCCCGGCCCCCGGCAGAAACCUGCCCACUCCCGUCGGCCCCCGCGGCCGCUCCCGUCUCCAUGGGAACGAAGGCAGCCAACCGGCGCGGCGGCUUCCGCUCCGCCCUGACGGAGGCGAGGACUCUGGCAGCGCCUGGGGUUCCGGCGGGUCUGCCAGCUGCGGGCCGCGAUGCUGAAGGCCAAGGUCCUCUUCGUGGGGCCCUGCGAGAGUGGAAAAACUGUUUUGGCCAACUUCCUGACAGAAUCUUCUGACAUCACCGAAUACAACCCAACCCAAGGAGUGAGGAUCCUGGAAUUUGAGAACCCACACGUUACCAGCAACGACAAAAGCACGGGGUGUGAAUUUGAGCUCUGGGACUGUGGUGGCGAUCCAAAGUUCGAGUCUUGCUGGCCAGCCCUGAUGAAGGACUCUCAUGGGGUGGUGGUCGUCUUCAAUGCUGACAUCCCAGGCCACCUGAAGGAAAUUGAGAUGUGGUAUUCCUGCUUCGUCCAGCAGCAGUUUUUACAGGACACUCAAUGUCUGUUAAUUGCACACCACAAACCAGGCUCUGGAAGUGACAAAGGAAACCUGGCUUUGGCACCACCCUUGAACAAGCUGAAGCUGGUGCACUCAAAUCUUGAGGAUGACCCAGAAGACAUCAGAAUGGAGUUCGUAAAGUAUUUAAGAAGCAUAAUCAACUCAGUGUCUGAGAGCAGAGACCGGGAGGAGAUGUCAAUUAUCACCUAACCGGCCUUCACCUAGACGCUUCCGCAUCCCAAAUGAAGUCAAUUUCAGUGCAGAUCUGAAAUCCGUCCACCUACUAAGGUUCUCAUCUCCCUUUGGCUGUAGAAGACAUUUUCCUUAUUUAGCCAAAGGUAACAGUCAGCCAGGGAGUUGACUCAUACCAUCUAUUCUCUGUCCUCAGUUCAGCUGAGAAACUCCUGUUAUUGAACUCUGAUACCUUUGCCCCAGAUCUCUCCAGAGAGCUGGAAAACUGAGGUGGUUUUUUUUUCCCCUUCACAUUAUGCCAUACUGUAAAAGUUGUGGAAUCGUAACUGUCACAGCCCAGUGAUACCAACAGUAGUUCAAUCCACGUACAUUGGUUUAAAUGUGAUUUUCAUUCCUUAAUCUGUACAAUUUGCCUAGGAUAUUCUUGAAAAAUAUUAGCAUUUAACCUCUGCAAGAUUUUAUUUUUAUUUAGAUGUCCUUGAUAUCUGGACACCGUAUCACACUGGAAGGUGGAAUACAUAUACAUCUUCUAAAAACGUUUUUUAUUAUCUCAGGGGAAUUUAAUUCUUUGUUUUUUUUGAAUUUAAUUCUUAAAUAUUAUUUCAUGUAAUACAGGGAAAAACAAUGUGAUGUUGUCAUAACAACCAUUUGUAAAAAUAGUCAAAAGAUUUAAUGCUCAGGAUAAGCAAAUAUGGUGAGUUUAUAGCUUAUUGUACAAGUGAGUUUGUUUUAGUGACCUUACGAAUUAUUGUUCUUCCAUAAUUUGUACUUUUUGAAUUUUUUAACACAGCCAACCUGAAAAUAUAUUAAGUAGAUCAAAAGUUAGAUGUAGGGACUUCCCUGGUGCCACAGUGGUUAAGAAUCCACCUGCCAACUCAAGGGACAUGGGUUCCAUCCCUGGUCUGGAAGAUCCCACAUGCCACAGAGCAGCUAAGCCCAUGAGCCACAACUACUGAGCCUGUGCUCGAGAGCCCGUGAGCCACAACUACUGAGCCUGCGUGCCCCAACUACUGAAGCCAGUGUGCCUAGAGCCUGUGCUCCACAACAAGAGAAGCCACCACAAUGAGACUCCCGCGUACCGCAGUGAAGACUAGCCCCUGCUCGCUGCAACUAGAGAAAGCCCGCACGCAGCAACGAAGUCCCAACGCAGCCAAAAAAAUAAAAUAAAAUUAGAUGUAGGUCUUUUCAACUGAGAGUGGAAGAAAAGUAGAGACACAAGAGAUGAAAUAUAUGCUUGUCUGCGUUUCACUCUUACAAUGAAGAGGGCUGUGUGUGGGCAGUCUGCUUGAGAGAGUGGUGUUGGCAGAUAACGACAGUUCCCUGGUAAAUUUAUUUAUUUAUUUUUAAAUUUUAUUUUUAUUUAUUUAUUUUUGGCUGCAUUGGGUCUUCGUUGCUGUGUGCGGGCUUUCUCUAGUUGCGGCGAGCAGAGGCUACUCUUCAUUGUGGUGCAUGGGCUUCUCACUGUGGUGGCUUCUCUCGUUGUGGAGCACGGGUUCUAGGUGCACUGGCUUCAGUAGUUGCGGCACACAGCCUCAGUAGUUGCGGCACACAGCCUCAGUAGUUGUGGCUGACGGGCUCUAGAGUGCAGGCUCAGUAGUUGUGGCACACAGGCUUAGUUGCUCCGCAGCAUGUGGGAUAUUCCCGGACCAGGGAUCGAACCUGUGUCCCCUGCAUUUGCAGGAGGAUUCUUAACCACUGUGCUACCAGGGAAGCCCCCUGGUAAAUUUAGACUGAGCUACAGUCAACUCUUAGUAAACUGCCUGGAUUAUCCGUGAGCACAUUUUAGGCCCAGGUUAAUUUCCUUCUGCCUGACCUGCUCUCAGUUGGAACUUUUGCAAGGAACACAAGAUUACGUUAAUGCAAACUGUAGUAAAUCUUCUUUACAUAAUAGCUGCAAUAAUAAUAAUUGAUCUUGAGACUACAGCUCCAAAACAGAGAUUAUUUUUAUCUGAUUUUUAAUGAUUAUCCAAGAGCUCAAUAGAAAAAUUACCCCAGCAGCUUUCAUUUAUGUCCAUAGCCAGAGUACAACCCUUGUGAGCCCUUGAAUCGAGAAAAAUGUUUUAAAAUUUAAGAGGCCAGGACUUCCCUGGUGGCGCAGUGGUUAAGAAUCUGCCUGCCAGGCCAAGGUGUCAGGGUUUGAGCUGCCACUGAAGGAUGUUCACUGCAGGUUGAUGUGGUUGGAUCUCCGUGGUAGUAAAGCCCCUCUGACCUCAGUGUGAGGGCUGGAUCGGAAGGAGGACGAGUGUAGAGGUGGCUGCUGUCAUUCCUUGGUUUGUGGCUCCAUCACUCCAGUCUUCAAGGCCAGCAUCUUCAAAUCUCUCUCUGCUCCAUCUUCACAUUAUCUUCGCCUCUAUCUGACUCAACUCUCCCUCUACCUCAUUCUUGUAAGGAUACUUAUAAUUGCAUUGAGGGCCCAGGAUAAUCUCCCCAUCUAAAGAUCCUUAAUUUAGUCACAUCUGCAAAGACGCUUUUUCCAAGCAAAGUAUCAUUUACAGGAUGUGCACGUCACAGGGAAUGGGGUCUGAUGUCUUUGCGGGCCAUUAUUCAGCCUACCACAGAUGCUGUUCACUGAGGCAUUAAUGGAAGAGGAUGAGCAGGUUUUGGGGGAGUGACAAAGGACUAGUUCAAGGUGACUCAGCUAGGGAGUUAGGGACUGGGACAGAACUGGAUCCCAUGCCCCCACUCUUUCCACUGUCUUGUGUAACUGGGCAGAUGAGUUUACAAGUGGACCUGGCUAAGAGUCUCACCCUUUGAGACUGAACCUAGUAAAGCAAUAACAACCACAGCAGGGCAAAUAACCAUUUUUGGAGCUAAACCAUCCAGAAAAUGGUUUGCAAGUAUGUUGCAGAUAGAUCUAGCAUCAUAUUUCUUUUUUUUUUUUUUUUGUGGUAUGCGGGCCUCUCACCGCUGUGGCCUCUCCCGCUGCGGAGCACAGGCUCCGGACGCGCAGGCCCAGUCGCUCCGCGGCAUGUGGGAUCUUCCCGGACCGGGGCACGAACCCGUGUCCCCUGCAUCGGCAGGCAGACUCUCAACCACUGUGCCACCAGGGAAGCCCCAUCAUAUUUCUUGAAACCAAUCAAAUGACCAAGUAGUAUUCUGAAGCUCUGUUGUAAAGAAAAUUACAACUUAUAUUGUAACCUGAAUGUCCAUAUCUCAAAAUUGUUCAGGAAAGCUCCUGGAGAUCAUUAUACAUUUGCUGGAACGCCAGAAGACCCUUAUGUCCAAAGUGUAGGCUAAGUUGCUAUAACAACAGAUGGAGCUUUGCUGGUAACUGAGAACAUAUAAGAGUUAAUAAAAGAGCAGUGCUCCUGAUACCCAUUGAAAAGGUAACUGCAUUGGUACCACUUAAGAAAAUCAUUCUGAACUGUGGCCCUUCUAGAUCUUGACUUCAGCCUUCCCCACCUGAUUCCUGAGAACUACAUGAAUAUCCUGGCCGUGGCGGAUGCUUUUUCAACAGACGUACUCUUUCCUCAGGCAAGAAAUGAAGGAUUCUACAUUUUAAAAACCAAAACCAAAGAAAUAAAUGAGGAAGAUGGAAACUCUGCUUUUGAAUGUUAAGAAGAAAUUACGUAUUUUUGACUGUGACUUCUAAACUGCUUUAUCAGUUAAACAAUUCUCUAUGUUUAUGAUCUGGGCCAUUCUUCCUACCGAAGUUAAAAGCUAAUGGAAAUGUGUCUGCCAAGUAUUCCCACUUCAAAAGGAAAGUUUCUUGGUGCUUUGAUGUGAGCAAUACCUCAUCUGUCUUCUUACACCGUACAGUUCACUCCUAUCUAGGCUUUCUGAUAGCCUUUAAAAGUAUGCCUCCUUUCUCUAAAGCCUCAGGCAGAUUCACUCCACACUUACAGCUCUUUGGACCAAGUGUAAUUAUAGAUCUUAGACUUUCAAAGUGUUGUGUAAAAACAAAAACAUCUAUUAAGACUGUUUAUAAUCCUACCGGAGUUUUGUGAUAAGUAAUUCAUACAAGAACCAUCGUGUUUUUGUUUUUUGUUUUAAUCUUUUGUGUGACUUUACAAGACCUGGAAAACACCUAGGUGUGAAUUAACCAGAUCAUGUAAUGAAAUAUUUUGUUCAGAGAAAUAAAAUCCUAAUUUUAUCAAAGUA